AUGACAUCGCAAGGAUCUACAACCGGCGACAACCGCCUCUCUUUUGCAAAGAUCGCUGCAAUGCUCCCGUCACCACAUUCGGAAGAUUCCGUCGCAUCUGAUGAAAAGAAUGGUCUACAGUCAGCCGAGGAACCGGCAUGUUCCGAAUCACAGGGCCCGAAAGAUGCCCUUCCGAGCCAGGAGAGCUCGAACCAAGUCCCGUGUGAGACCAACCCUGUCGAUCGAAACGUCGACAGUCUAUCACGGGCAAUGCACGACGUGCAUAUUAUGGGGAAAAAAGGUCAAGAGAGCCCCGGCUUUUCUGAAGGUCGAGACGCUGGGACUCUGAAACGGGAAGCGUCUUUCGAAGACGAUCGUACACAUCUAUCGAAUUCUUCGACCAAGCCGACCAGUUUCGAUUCCAAGAGCAUGGCAUCGGUCACCACUUUCGCAAUGGAUGAGAAAGACUCCUUGCGCCCUGACGAUAGCGCCAGCGUUCAGGCUGUCGACGAGGAGGAGAGUCUCUCGGGAAUGGCCUCGGGUGCACCCAAUUCGCUGACCGGGUCUGAGGCCGGCGCUCGGGGAUUCAGAGACUUGCAGAGAGCUCGAGCAACGUUGCAAAACAUGGGCCCUAUCUACGAUGGUGGUCAGAGAACCAACGGUGUUGUCAUGCCCGAUUCGGUAUCUAACAAUUAUGUCGUGUCAAACCCCGAUGCCUUUUCCGGAGGCCAGCUCAUACCCAUGCACCCAUUCCCUCUAGAUCCGGACGAGAAGCUUCUGGAGGCGAUGAAGUCCCCGAAGGAUCGCCUGUUGAUCUUGCAAUUGGAAGACAAAGUGCGAAAUUUCAUCGAGAAGUCCACGGACCAAUCCUUGGAGUUGCCACCAUCUAAUGCCUUUGGGCGGCUCCUCGCACAUAAACUGGGUGAUUACUACCACCUGACUCACUUUGUGGAUAACAAUGUGACAUCCGUCCGGCUACAUCGAACACCUUUCUGUCGACUACCAACUCCCCUCUCUACCUUGCACGCUGCUACGAACAAUACACCACCCCCGGCCAUGCCUGCUAUGAAAAUCAUGCGCCGCACAGAUAGUGAACGGCCUUCUGCAGAAGGGAGUACGGCGGCAAGCUCGGGAUUUCUUUCCAAAAAUGGGUCAGAGGCUGGUGACAGUGGAAAUGAUGGAGAGCGUGGGAGCUCUUCGGCUGGAGCAACGCCGGCCAAAGAUCGCAUGAUCUUGACUCGGGAGGAGCGGGAGGCUAAAUAUCAUGAAGUCAGGGAGAGAAUUUUCCGCGACUUCCCGGAUUCAAAGUCUUCUGACAACACGGGUGGUGGUGACCAAGGCGCCAAUAUGUCGCGAUCGAGUUCAACCAGUGGGCGCAAGAAGACACAGAGACAGAAGACUCCUCACGAUGACAGCUUUGAAGUGCGUUCUCAGUUUAACGCCUACUACCCCGGCAUGCCUUAUGGUCAAGGGGCGCUCCCAUACAACGUGACUAUGAAUGACCCGUCGUUCCCCAACCAACCCUGCAUGGUAGGCCCCGGAGUGUCCCCGCCGGGAAUGGGAUACGUGCACAGUGGUCAGACCGGCGGCAUGUUUUCUGCUCCAAUGAAUUCCAUGCCGCAAUACCCCAUGCCCACGUCCCCGCAAAUGACCGCCAGUGGUCCCUGGCAAAACGGAGCUAUGACCCAGCAAUCUCCCUACUCUGGGUAUGCCACCAUCAACCAGUCACCUGCGAUGGGGGCGGCCAAGCCGUCUCCGACCAUGAACAACUACCCCAUGUCAGGUGCCGCGCAGUUCCAACAGGCGCCAUCGGCCUGGACUCCUUCUCCUUACCACGGAGGAUAUCAACAAACAACGCAUCGGAAUCAUCCGCCAGUUCCCUGGCAAAACUACUCGUCGCAACCUCUCAACCCGACCUCGUACCCCUACACUCAAUACACCGGCCAGCCGAUGAACCCAGGAGUACAGAACCCUUCGGGUGCGCAUCCCUUGCCUGGCAGUUUCACACGUCCAUCUUUCAAUCCCCAGACGCGCUCGUUUGUCCCGGGCGGCGUCCCUUUGGCUCGGCAUCCGAGCAAAGGCAAUCAGAAUGGCAUCAACCCGUAUGCGGCCAUGCAGACUGGUAUCCCACCUCAAGGAACUAUCUUAGGAGGGCGAGAUUCGAUUGCAAAAUGGGGAACGCCGUCUCAUCUCCCCCCUAAACCGCCACCAUCUGAAGUUCCGUCUGACUUUGACCUAAAGCACCGAGCUGCUGGUGGCACCACUCACACGUACUCCAACAAUAACAACAACACACCAAAUUCGAAUAAGGGCCCGCUUGUUGUUUCCGGAGGCACGUCUCUCCCGCGGGCUAACUAG